AUGGGGCUGUCCGGCCUUCAACACGGUUCCGAAGAUUGGCCUCUUCCACUUUCCCGGCGAGAAAGUACUCUGUCCUCAUCAACCCAAUCGUCCGGCCAGAUCAGUCCGGGCACCUCGCCUUUCACUUCGUAUCCCCUCAGCAGAACGGCUUCCUCUGUAGGCUCGCGAUCGAGAGAAGCCUCGUGCUACUCGCUACACGAGGAAGUCAUCCACAUCCCGCUCAACAAUACCGUCACCAUUACUUUCGUGCGGAGUAACAAACUGUUCAAGCUCCGUUAUACCUACAUCGAUGUACGCAAGGAUACCACUGGAAGCCUCAGAUGCCUAGAGCUCGGAGGUGGUCCUGGCCAGCAAACCCCAUUAAUUCAUACCUUUAACGAGUCGAAAAUCCCCGUCCCACACUUAGAACAUCCUAAACGUCCCAACGAACCCUCGCUACGAAUCUCUUUUAUGGAAGAGCAGACCGUACAAUCCGCACAGACCGUGUUUACCACCCAACUGUCAUACCAAUUCGAAGAAGAAAGAGACUGUGUUCAAUUUCAGGAGAUCAUCCUAGCAUCCAAAUUGGUCUUUCUUGCCGGAAUCGCAGAAGCCAAGUCGAAAGGCCGUGGAGAGGAGUGCAUCAGUCAGAACCUCCGUAUUCUCCGCGGACCCAAUGGCAAGCAAGUCAUGCUAUUUUUUGCCAACUCCCAGCGGAAAGACUUGAAGCGCUACGUGAAAGUACCAGUGAACUGUAUUGACAGUUUUAAUCCCGGCAAGAAGCCAGGGAGGCCUGUGGUAAUCCAGCUCCAACCUAAUUUUGAUAUCCUAACCCAAAUGAAGACGCUACAGAUCCAGUUCCUGGAUGAUACAGAUCGAAUAGCGUUUUGCCAGUUUCUGGGCGACCACAUCAAGUGA